GCCGGCUCCAGUUUCACCCAGCCAGCGAGCCAGCGUGAGAACAGAUCCUGCUCCUCAGCCCUCAGCACCUUGCACAGAAGGACUCCGCAUCCCAGCACUACCCACCUCUGCUUUAGGUGCCAGAUGGAAGGAAGUUCCCUUGUUAGGCCCUCUGCACGUGGAGCAGGCGGCAAAUAAAGUACUCAGAGCAAGAAAGAAGACCAGUACUCCCUCCUUCAAAGCCACCACAUCCUGGUCAAAGAGGAGUCAGCAGUGACCACACACUGAGCAGACCAGAGUCCAAAUACAAAGGACAAUGAGUCUCCUAAAGGAACGGAAACCAAAAAAGCCACACUAUAUUCCACGGCCCCCAGGAAAACCCUUCAAGUACAAAUGCUUCCAGUGUCCUUUUACAUGCAAUGAGAAGUCACAUCUUUUCAAUCACAUGAAGUAUGGUCUCUGUAAAAACUCUAUUACUUUAGUGUCAGAGCAAGAUCGCAUUCCCAAGUGUCCCAAAUCUAGUUCACUGGACCCUAAGCAGACCCACCAGCCAGAGCCCCCCUCAAAGCCAGCCACUUCCAAAUCUCUCCCAAAUGGACUCUCCAGCUUUGAUCCAAAGUCUCAACAGGGAUCUGCAAAGGAAGAUGCCAAAGAGAACCUAGAAAUGCAGGCCCGGGGGACCCACAAGAAACCAGCCCUACAGAAAGAAAUGACACCAGAACCCAUUCUCACUACCCAGCCUUGCCUAGACAGUGGAGUUAGGUCUUCAGCCUUUGUUCCAGUUGGGGAGCACAGACUUAGGGGGCCAGAAGACACAGAGGCUCCUGAAAUGCUGGCAUUAACCAACUCCACCACCAAAGCCACCUCUUUCCAUGGCAAGUCUGCAUUCCAUACUCCUAGUUACCCCUGGAAAGCUAGUUCCCCAUUCCUGCCACCUGAGUUUCCACAUAAAAUUCCAUCUACAAAAGGGUUUGGUGCUAUCUCUCCCUAUAUGCACCCUGCAAUCCCAGAAUACCCCCAUCCCUUCUACACAGAGCAUGGGCUGGCUGCCAUCUAUUCCCCCUACCUCCUGACUGGGAACACGCCCGAGUGUGACACCACUUUGCUGUCUGUCUAUGGGUCCCAAGACCAAAGACACUUCCUGUCCCAUCCUGGACCAAUCUCUAAACACUUGAACACAACUCCAUCAACAUAUGACCACUACAGAUUUUUCCAGCAAUAUCACUCCAAUCUGCCAAUUCCUUAUGGAUUUUACAGACCAGAAUCGGCAUUUCCCCCCUACAGUCUCAGGCUCCCACCUGUUACUGGUAUCACACGAGACCAAAGCUCUCGCCUACUUGAAGAAGCAGCCCUGGCUUACCCAGCCUCAAGUCCCUCCGAGUUAAAUCUUUCAAACUCCCACAGAAAACACACAGAGUUUGAGAAGGAAAGUCCAGUUCCUGAGGCAAAAGAUCCUUCUAAAGAUGGGCAAAGGGAUGCAGAAGAGGUGAAAAUGAGCCCCAGAGCAGGAAGUGCUGCCACAGGCUCCCCAGGGAGGCCAAGCCCUACCAAUUUCACCCAAACAAGCCAAACAUUUGAAGGCCUGUGUGACCUCUCAAACAAAGCAGCCUCCUCAGGAACCCUGGAGCGACUCCAGCAGCCUGAGCAGAGCCCCACUGCUUUCAAAGCUGUCCAGAGGGGCUCAGAAAGUCCUCAUUCUCAGCCUUUUACAAACAGAACAGAGUCUCCAAAAAGCCUCCAGGCCAUGAACAGUGACCCUCCAGCCCAGAUAGGGACCAGUACCUCUCUCAUCACAGAGGCCCCACCCUCCAGCCCAGAGGACCACUCCAGGAUAGGCCCCCUCAAUCUCUCCAAAAAGUUGGAGACAAGCCCUGCAGCCACUUAUGGACCCAUGUAUGUAGACAAUGCCCAGGCAGACACCCUGGGCUUCUCAGGGCUGCAAGACCUGCCACUUAAUCUCUCUGUAAAGGAUCCCUGUAAUGCCUGGGCUCCUAGGCCUGUCUUCCCUGGUCCACCACAAGGUGCAGAAUCUGCAGCUGCUCUAAAGACUGAGACAAAAGGUUCUGAAGAUAAGACAAGCCGUGUGGAGACACAGCAAGACAAGGACCACAGCAGGACGACCCCAGAUGUACACACAGUGGACAGCAGUGAUGAACAGAAGCAAACAGCAGCUGUAGCUCUCUGUCAGCUGGCUGCCUACAGCCCAGGGAAUGUCCGAGUGGGUGAUGAGGAGAGCACAGUCCAGGAAUCUACCUGUCAAGAUGUGCCCACCCUCAGUUCUACAGAGAACCAGGGGGCUCAGUGUGACCUCAAACCCAAAGGACAAAAGAGGACAAGUCAAAGAGAUGCAGGAAAAUCCCAGCAAGGAACUAAAAAGCAAAAGCUGAAUGACGCCGUACCAAGAGUGCUCACUCUACGCAAAAGAACCCGGGUGUCCUGAAGCCUCACACGCUCCAUUGCUGUGGCUAAAAAGACGCCUUUCGUGCUAUGUUCUAAGCAACAUCUUUACUUUUCUGCUUUUUGGAGGAGGUACAGCAUUGCCAUGUUGUUCAAGCUGGCAUCACACUUGUGACCUUACUGCCUCAGCCUAAGUGCUGAGACAACCAGUGCACCCACAGUUUACUUUCACUUUUUAUCAAGUCAUUUUUUAUAAAUACAGUUUCUCUUUUCUUCUCAAAAAAAAAAACAAAAAACAAAAAACAAAAAACAAAAGGCUGUAAUCUUGUUCAGUUUUUUGUAAACAUUAAGAAUAAAUAUUAAAAGGUGUUUCUACUUCUGGUUGUAAAAAAACAUCUCAGUGGCUUAUGCUCUCCAAGACUGAUGAAUUAAACUAGGCUUCCCUGUUUGUGACACAUCAGGAAAACAUACAGAACUGAAAACUACUCAGCAGUGUGAGUCAGUGUGAGCAGUAGGAAAAAUAACCUUUUAUAUGUACUGUUUUUCAGGACUAGUAAACUUUUACUGUUUUCCUAUUAAAUAUAGUUAUGUGUUUUGAUGCCAGAAACAUCUUCAGUUUGAGCAUCAAAUGUUACAUGUAAAAAAUGUUGUGAUUAGUUUUUACUGAACUACCCACAAGCAUUGAGAGGCUGAUUUUACAAAUAAUUUAUUUCCAUCAGGGAAAUGCAUUGCUGGUAAAAGUAUGAUCAAUUUAUUCUACUUGUUUAUGAUGUUACAGCAAACUUUCUCACUUAGCCUCACAUUCAACUCCCUAAAAUGAUGUACAUGUUGUUAAUUUUCCAAUAAACUCAUGUGUGAACCUUGAGAACACAUAAAGCAAAGACCAACAUCAGGUCU